UUGGAGCUCAUUCAGCAAGUCUUGCGAAUCGGUGUUGAACAACCAUUUUGCGUGUCCGAAAAUAUACUAAUAAUGAGUUUAUGUUGUUUUUAUCCUCGUCGUGAUGUUUUGUUUUAUCAGAUUUUUUUUCUCCCGGAAGCAGCAGAAGCGCGUAGAGUUAGCCUAGCCUAGCCUGCUAGCUGGAAACAGUGAGUCACACACAUUGAUGAAGAACAGAUUAUUUUUCUGAUGGAGGUUAGGGAGAGAAAAGGUCUCAGAAAGUCUCAGCGUCGGAGAAAAGACAGUUAACAGAAAUGGAGGAACCGACGCGCAGUGACGACGUCCAGCAGGAUGACCCAGAGAUUAAACAGGAACAGGAUGAGGCUGAGGUCACAGAGUUUGUAUUCAAUCCUGUCAAAAAUGAGGAUGAGGAAGACUUUUCUCAGCCUUUGGAGCUUCAUCUCAUCCAGACUGAGAACAGAAACCUUGUGGGACCAGAAUCGCUCUCAUCUGAACCUCCAGAGGCUUCAGAGAAAAACUGCAGAGAGAGCAAUGGGUCUUCAUUAGGUGAUAUGAGUGCGAAAAAGUUCUACAGCUGCUCUGAAUGUGGGAAAACCUUCAACAGCCGACCAUGUCUGGUAAGACACAGCAGAAUCCACUCUGAAGAAAAACCCUUCAGUUGCUCUUUCUGUGACCAGAAGUUCAGCAGGAGGGAAAGCGUAACUCGCCACAUGAGGUGUCACACCGAGGAAAAACCUUUUAGCUGCUCGGUUUGUGAACAAAAGUUCAGCCGAAAGGAGAGUCUGACGUAUCACAUGACCUACCACACUAAAGAAAAACCUCACAGCUGCUCCAUCUGCAACAAAGCUUUCACUUCAAAACGAAAUCUGAUGGAGCACGGGAGAAUCCACACGGAUGAAAGGCCGUUCAGCUGCUCUAUCUGCAAGACCACUUUCAAGCGGAAAUACACGCUGGUGGAGCACACUAGGAGCCACACCGGACAGAAACCGUACCAAUGCUCAAUGUGUGGCCAGAGCUUCAGUCAUGGCAUCAGCCUCACCCGUCACAUGAGGUGUCACACAGGACAGAAACCCUACAGUUGUCCCAUCUGUAAGGCUGCUUUCAAACUGAAGAACGCCUUGAUGGAGCACACCAGGAUUCACACAGGAGAGAAACCAUUCAGCUGCACCGUCUGUAAGGCUGCAUUCAGGAGGAACCAGGACGUUGUGAAGCACACCAAGAUCCAUGCAGGUGUCCAGCAGCUGUUGGUAAUUAAAGUGGAGCCUUUGCAUCAGGAGAGCAGCUCUAGUCCCAAACUGGUACAGGAACAGCCUAACCCUCCACAGAUUAAGGAGGAAGAUGAGGAGGCUGAGAUUACACAACUCAGAUUACCUGCUGUCCCGAUGAAGAGCAGAGAUGUUCAAAACAAAUCUCUGUCGUCACAAAUUCUUCCCAGCCAAGCUGAGGAGAGCAGAUACUCUGAGAGCCUGGAGCCGAGUCUAGAUCAGCAUUUACAGUCAUCCUUCGACAAGGAGUCGGGUUUAGACUCUCUGCAGAACAGCCCAGUUAGCAAAACUGCCUGCGAGAGCAGAAAGAAGCUCCACAGCUGCUCCGAGUGCAGUAAAACUUUUAACCACCGGGCAGAUCUGUCGAGACACAACCGAGUCCAUACAGGAGAGCGACCCUUCAAAUGUUCAGUUUGUAACGCAGCGUUUAGAAGAAAAUUCACGCUAGCAGAGCACAUGAGGACACACACUGGCGAGAAACCGUACAGCUGCUCCCUUUGUGAGCAAAGCUUUGGCCGUAAGUCCAGUCUCACCUGCCACAUGAGUUGUCACAGCGCAGAAAAACUUCUCCAAUGUUUGCUUUGUAAGGCCAAGUUUAGGGAUAAACAAGAUCUUGUGGAACACACAAAAACUCACACAGGUAAAUAACUGUUGGGUUGUACAGUCCGGGGUCAAAGGUUCACAUGGUUGCAUGCAGUGCAUGCUCAAAGAAGAAACAAUUUCAGUUCAGUUUGUAAAAACACAAGAGGCAGAGAUGAGCAGUUAUCACAAGGAUUCUGAUUUAUCAACAAUAAAUUAAUUUAUUAGGAAUAAAAACUGCAAACCCAGAUUCACUCUUGGUUUCAUAACAGCAGAAACUGAAUCAGUAUUUAUGAAAAUAUCCUCUAUUGCAAUUAUUGUGUUGGUUAGCUGUACAAUUGCACAAAUGUUUACAACUGUUGCACUACAGUAAUCAUGUUAAAAAAUGAAAAUCUUUCUUCAAAAUGACCAUCACUCUGGAUUAAAAUGUUUUCUUUUUCUUGCAUUGGUGUGAUGUAAUAAUGUCAUGUUAAAUAUUUGUUUUCAUGGGAUGUAUGAAGAAAAUCAACAUAAUUAGAAAUAAAUAUGGAAGAGGAUUAAGGUCGGUGAAAUGAGACUUUUCUCAGCUUUUUCCACAAAAUUCACUUUUCUUCCUUAGAAGUUUGACUUUUUUCUCAGAAUUGCGACUUUUCUAAGAAUUUUUACUUAUUAAUUUGGACUUUUUUUCUCUAUAUUUCUGACUUUCUUAGAACGUUUAGUUGUUCUUAGAAAUCUAUUUAUUGGAAAUUUUGACUUAUAAUUAUAAUACUUGUACUUUUUUCCUUAGAAUUCUGACGUUUUUUCUUAAAAUUCUUACGUUUUUAGAAUUCUGACUUCAGAAAAGUAAGUUGUGUCGAAAUAAAUUCCAACUUUCUGGAGGAAAAUGUCAGAUUUAGGUGAUUUUGUUUUUAUGUGUCAGAGGAUGUCAGAAUUCUGAGGGAAAAAAUGUAUUUUUGAGUGGCUGUAAUCCUCUUUCAUAAAGACUUGGAAACAUCAGUCGAUGUGUAAUUAAUCUAA